CGUUUUGGUACGAAAUCGAAAUCGCUUUAAAUGUCAACGGCUGAUAAACUCCCACGAUGGUACUUCGGUGGUUUGGCUUCAGCCUUCGCGGCCUGUUUCACCCACCCCCUCGACUUGAUCAAAGUGCAGCUGCAAACCCGCACUGGUCAAGUCGCCCUGCUUCCUCUAGCCGUCGAACUCGUUAGGAAAAACGGAGUCCUCGUGGGUCUGUACAGCGGUAUCUCCGCCUCCCUUUUCCGCCAACUCACUUACUCCACCAUAAGGUUUGCUAUCUACGAUACCGCCAAACUCUUCAUGAGCAAAGAUACCGGCCUAGGAUCCAAAAUGGGUGUGGCUUUCAUGGGCGGAGCCCUCGGCGGGUUCGUAGGCACGCCCCCCGACAAAGUCAACGUGCGGAUGCAAAACGACGUCAAACUCCCCCCCGAGAAGCGUCUAAACUACAAGCACGUGAUCGACGGGUUUAUACAAGUUUACAGGACCGAAGGUUGGCAGAAGUUGUUCGGGGGUGGGGCCACUGCGUCGUUUCGAGCCGGGGUGAUGGCAGUGGGGCAGUUGACGUCGUACGACCAGCUCAAGAAAAUGUGUCUGGGUACCGGGUUCUUCCACGACGACUUGUUCACGCACUUUACGUGCAGCAUGGGCGCGGCCGUGAUUGCCACCACCAUAACGCAGCCCCUCGACGUGCUCAAAACGCGCAUAAUGAACGCCAAGCCCGGCGAAUUCAAGAACGUGGGCGAGAUUGUUCUUUACACGGCUAAAGAAGGCCCGCUGGGGUUUUUUAAAGGUUAUGUUCCUGCGUUUUUGCGAAUCGGGCCACAGACGAUUCUGACUUUCGUGUUUUACGAACGGUUGCGGAUGUACUUCGGGUACAUCCCCGAGAAGUGACAGGUUAGUGAGUGUCGUUUUGUAAAUAAAGCAUGA